ACAAUUUUGCAUGAUAAUGGCGGCUUCGGGUAAUGAAAAUAUGGAAAGCUCUAAUUCUCCGCCGGACACCGACCAAUCAAAUCCGGCGGAGUUGAUGCAAAACGAUGACGACACGAUCAGUGAAAGUGACCUUGUUCAAAAAAGGUCAACAAGUGUUGCCGACGAUGCCUUUCUACUCUACGGCGAUGUAAACCAACGGCGUUCAUCAAGUCAUGACAAAAAUGCCGGAUUAUUGGACGCCGAAAACAACGUGGAAAGUUACGGCCUAGAUCAACCACCAGCGCAAGACCAAGACAACGAUAUGGGGAGAAUUUUGCUUCGGCAACGGAACCAUAAAAAGAACAACUCGUCAGACGAUAACGCCGGCCGGAACAACGGAAAUGGGGGGUCCGUCGACGAGACGGACGACGGCGGCUCUAUCAACAACAUUACACGUGGCGGCGUCGGAGUAAACCGGAAGAGGAAAUCAGCUUUACCAGUCAGUUUGAAGACAUUUGCUUGCCUUGUCGUGCUGAGUUUUCUUCCUUUUGGGUACCUGUUUUAUAAAGAUGCCUUAGCGAAGAGGGUAUCUACACGGCUUGAUGCGCCGUGUGUGAUUGGUGAAGAUGCAAGCUCGGCCUCCAAAUCACCUGCCAGAUUCUGGGGAACGUACCGCCCCGGUGUUUAUUUUGGACUUAAGACGAGGAGUCCACAUUCUCCAGUGACGGGUCUCAUGUGGUUCACUCAGUUUGAUAAACAACUCUCAAUUCGUCAUACAUGUGAGCAAGGAGAUCAACUAGCAAGAUAUGGAUGGCUUCAACACGAUGCAGUUUACUUUGGAGUACAGGAAGUCGUCGACAAGAAUUUCACCUUGAAAACUGAAUUUGUAAAGCAGCCUGGUGGGAACCAUGGGGGUGAUUGGACGGCACGAAUCAGCGGAAAGCCCAGGACGAGAGCCGCAAACAAGACAAUCGUGAGUCUAAUUUUCUACACUGCACUCGACGGAACUAACGGUGACCUCCAGUCUAUCGUGAAGGGAGGUCAACUUCUUCAGAUUCGCGGAUCUUCAAAAGAGCUUGGCAGUUUCAGCCUCAGGUUUCCACCAGCGACCAACGCCAAGAAAUUCCACUACGUCAGCACUUACAGCCCGAGUAUUCACCGCAGUAAGGAUGUCGUCUUGCAGAGUCUCAAACGCUAUCCCUACUCUGGAAAACAAGUCAUGGCGGGCCUGGCGGGGGACAUCCUAGCGCUGAAAGAAAUCACAGACUACCAGGCGAAUUUCAUCGCUCAUCAGGUGACCGUGUCUCUCCCUUUUGAAAUGGAGGUGAUAUUCGAGUCGGGAAGCAACAUCAAUCGCCAGGCCCCGCUCUCUGGCGAUGUGUUCACUCAGCGGCUGAAACAGCACAAAGAGAACUUUGACGUAACCUUCGAGGAAAAGUUUGGGUUAAAACAGAAAGGGUACAAGAAGAGAGAGAUCGAUGUCGCAAAGGCUGUGCUUAGUAACAUGUUAGGAGGGAUAGGGUAUUUCUAUGGUCAUUCUACGGUCCGGUCUAAGUAUAAUCCAGAACCUGUGAAGCACUGGGAGGCCCCAUUGCUGACGGCCGUGCCGUCUCGGUCAUUCUUCCCUCGAGGUUUUCUCUGGGAUGAAGGUUUCCAUAAUCUACUGAUCAGCAAGUGGGACCCAGACCUGAGCAAGGAGAUAAUUGGUCACUGGCUCGAUCUUAUGAAUACGGAAGGGUGGAUUCCCCGGGAGCAGAUCCUGGGAGGAGAGGCCCGCAGCAAAGUCCCCGAUGAGUUUGUCGUUCAGAACAACGAAAAUGCAAACCCGCCGACCUUGUUUCUACCUCUGCAGUCUAUCUUAAAAGAUGCAACAUCCAGUGAUAAUGCUGAUUUCUUGGACUAUCUGGGUCAUGUGUACCCGAGGUUAGAGGCUUGGUACCGUUGGUUUAAUACGACCCAGGCAGGACCUAAGCCGUCCACGUAUCGAUGGAGAGGCCGGGAUGCAACGACGGACAAAGAGCUAAACCCCAAGACCCUGACAUCUGGUCUGGAUGACUUCCCGAGGGCAUCCCAUCCAUCAGAUGAUGAACUUCACGUCGAUCUACGCUGCUGGAUGGCCUUAGCUUCAGGAGUCAUGGUAGACAUAGCCAAGGCUAUCAACGCCCCAUUCCAGGACUAUCAAGUCACUCAUAAAGUUCUUAGCGACAAUAAACUGCUCGAUAGUCUACACUGGUCCACGAAGGGAAAGAUGUACAGUGAUUAUGGGAUACACUCUUCUGCUGUUGUCUUGAAAAGGCCAACGCUCCCACCUCUUCCUAGACCCAAGCCAGGUCAGCGACGCCCCCCUGCACCUCCCCAACCCUCUCUAGUGCGUGUGCUCAAAGGGAACACCCUGCCCAAGGAACAGUUCGUCGAUGCCUUCGGCUACGUCAGCCUGUUCCCCUUCUUUCUUCAGAUCCUUGAGCCAAAGUCAAACAAACUUGGCAGGAUACUCACAGACUUGAAAGACCCUAAGCUCUUGUGGACUAACUAUGGUCUGAGAUCACUCUCGAAAUCGGACCCGAUUUACAUGAAGUACAACACAGAACAUGACCCGCCAUAUUGGCGAGGUGCUAUAUGGAUAAACAUGAACUUUCUUGCUGUACGCGCCUUGCACCAUUACUCAAGUCUGGCGGGGCCGUACCAAGACGAAGCUAGGGCGCUCUAUGCAGAGCUCAGGCAAAACCUUGUCAGCAAUAUUAUCAAGGAGUACGAGAGGUCGGGUUACAUUUGGGAGAAUUAUAACGAUAAAACAGGGAAAGGUCAAGGGUCACAUCCUUUCACUGGAUGGUCGGCUCUGGUGGUGCUCAUGAUGUCAGAAAAAUAUUAACCCUCACAAAUCAUUCCUUAAUCCUUGCAAAGUAAGAAGUUUGGCUUUGUAAGAUAAAGUAUCAGUAGAGCCUGCAGAGUCAACAUUUGAGUUGCAAUUUCAUCCAAGUUUCCUGAGCAAGGGGUAUCUUAUGCAGGUAGUUCGUGCAUAUUAAGCCAUAUUUCAGGGAUGCGAUUUCUCAAUUUUUUAACUGGAAAUCUGGGGUUUUUUAUCCCUAAAACUAAAAAAUAAUAAAACAAAUAGUAUUUGUUGGGAUUUGUUUAGUAUUUGUUGGGAUUUGUUUUCAUUUAGAUCAAAUUCAUAAAAACAUGAAGAGAAAAUCAUAUAGAAUGCCCCAGAUUGCAAAGUAGGGUUUUUAGAACCAAAGAUAAAUGUAUGUAAGUAGGCUUCGUGCUCACAAACUUUCGACUCUCUCAAGCUUUCAUGCUUUGAGCUCACAGUUCAGGUCCUUUUUUAACAGCCUAAUAUUUGGACAUUAGGACAUGUUAAAGUGCAUGUUUUGCUCACAUGUUAAAACUUGUAUCUCAAACAAUCCAAAGAAGAUAGAAUAUAGGUAUAUGCAAGAUAUGCACAGUCUUUUACUAAAAUAUUGUGG